UCUUCCCAGCAGGCAAGGCAGAAGUCCUCUUCCUCUAAUGGCGUCGCAUUCUUCAAUUCUCACGCUUAAACUGCUCCUCCUUUUGUUCUUCUUUCGGUUUUCUAUUUCGGAAAUCAUUUUCGAAGAGCGUUUCGAAGACGGAUGGCAACGCAAUUGGGUAAAAUCUGAUUGGAAAAGAACAGAAGGAAAAGCAGGAUCAUUCAAGCACACUCCCGGAAAGUGGUCUGGAGAUCCUGAUAAUAAAGGUAUUCAAACGACCGGUGAUGCUAAACAUUUUGCGAUAUCCGCAAAGAUCCCCGAGUUCACAAAUAAGAACAGGACAUUGGUCCUCCAAUACUCCAUCCGGUUCGAGCAGGACAUUGAAUGCGGCGGCGGAUACAUCAAGCUUCUAUCUGGAUUCGUUAAUCAAAAGAAAUUUGGAGGGGACACCCCAUAUAGCUUAAUGUUUGGGCCAGAUAUAUGUGGCACACAAACAAAGAAGCUCCAUGUUAUACUUUCUUACCAAGGCCAGAAUUACCCCAUCAAGAAGGAAUUGGAAUGUGAAACAGACAAGUUGACUCAUUUCUACACUUUCAUUCUUAGGCCGGAUGCAAGUUACAGUAUACUCAUCGAUAACCGCGAACGCGAUUCCGGUACCAUGUAUUCCAACUGGGACAUUCUUCCUCCCCGGAAAAUCAGAGACCUCGAAGCUACGAAGCCUGCUGAUUGGGAUGAUAGAGAAUACAUUGAUGAUCCUAAUGCCACUAAACCUGAGGGUUAUGAUAAGAUUCCAAAAGAAAUUCCAGAUCCUAAUGCUAAAGAGCCUGAUCAUUGGGAUGAAGAAGAAGAUGGUAUUUGGAGAGCACCAAAGAUACCGAAUCCGAAAUACAGAGGACCAUGGAAACCCAAGAGAAUCAAGAACCCUAACUAUAAGGGCAAAUGGAAGAUUCCUUAUAUUGACAAUCCAGAGUUUGAAGAUGAUCCUGAUCUGUAUGUGCUUAAGCCUAUCAAAUACGUGGGCAUUGAAGUUUGGCAGGUGAAAGCUGGUUCGGUUUUCGACAAUGUUUUGAUAUGUGAUGAUGCAGAGUACGCGAAACAAGUGGUAGAUGAGGUGUUUGCCAACCAGGAGAUCGAAAAAGAGGCAUUUGAAGAAGCAGAGAAAGUGCGAAAGGCACGAGAAGAAGAGGAAGCACAAAGAGCAAGAGAGGAAGGAGAGAAGAGAAGAAGAGAAAGGGGUUACGAUCGACGAUAUCGGGAUCGCUAUAGAGACAAAUACAGAAGACAUCCUCGCGAUUACAUCGAUGAUCAUGAUGAGCUUUGAAGGGUCUAGCUUGCUCCUUUCAUUUUGUGCUAUUGUCGUUGAAAAAGCUGAAUCAAGUCAACAGAGUUUACUUAAGCUUAGCAUUUUUUGCACUAAAUUAUUGUGUAAUUUCAGAACACGUUAUGCAUGGAAAUAAACCUUACUAGUCUA